UUAGUGAAUCCGUCGUUGCUGCUGAGUGGCGUAUACAUUUACUUAAGGAGGAGAGCAGGGAAGAAAGCGGAAGCCUUAUCAACAAAACAUAUGCAGGUAGUGAUGGCAAAUUCAUACGCCAUCCUCACCACCACCACCACUAUCUCACCAUCUUCCUUUCACUCUACACUCUGCACUCCAUUCAAAGUUCCCUCCACCAUUUCUACUCGCCAACAUAAAUUGAUAGCCAAGCGUUAUUCUCUUACCGUGAAAGCCGCUUCUACGCCUGGUCAGAGGGACUUUGUGCUAGAAGAUUUUUAUUCUCGACGCGCGCUGAAGAUUAUUUCUGGUCUUCGAAACUUCAACAAAGAAAUUGUUGCUUCUGUGGUAAUUGCUGCACAAAAGGGAGGAGCAACACAUGUGGACAUUGCAUGUGACCCAGAGCUUGUAAAAUUGGCAAUUAGCUUGACUUGUCUUCCAGUGUGUGUUUCAGCAGUGGAGCCUGAAGCCUUUGUCAAUGCAGUAGAAGCAGGAGCUCAAAUGGUUGAGAUUGGAAAUUAUGAUUCCUUCUAUGAAACAGGAAGAAUAUUUUCUCCAGAGGAGAUAUUGCAAUUGACAAUGAAGACUAGACAACUGCUUCCAUCUGUUGUACUUUCUGUCACUGUGCCACAUACUUUGAGCCUUACUGACCAGGUGACUUUAGCAGAAUCAUUGGAAACAGAAGGUGUAGACAUAAUUCAGACCGAAGGAGGAACAAGUUCAGAUCCAUCAUAUCCAGGGGUGCAUGGUCUAAUUGAAAAGGCCGUUCCAACAUUAGCUGCAGCUUAUUCCAUAUCAAGAGCUGUUAGAAUUCCAGUUAUGUGUGCAUCUGGAUUGAGUUCAGUGACAGCACCAAUGGCCAUUGCAGCAGGAGCAGCGGGUGUUGGGGUUGGCUCGGCAGUGAAUAAACUGAACAAUCAAGUUGCAAUGAUUGCAGAAGUUAAAAGUCUUGCAGAUGCUUUGGGCUUGUCUUCUCAUGUCCUUAAUGGUAGUUUUAUUUCUGGUAAUCAAAGAAGUGUGCCUACAAUCUAAAAGAUUGGUUCAUUAACCGUCUAUGCUUUUUCAAGGCACAUGUUUCCAAUAGAACUCCAUGUAUGUACAGGUCUUCUCUAUAAAAGCAAUGAGUUGGGUCCUCCUAUAUUGCAGACUUGCUCAAUCUGUCUCACAGAGGCAUAUCUUAUUGUUGGUUUUACAUGUUCAAGUUAUGUGACCUCUGUGUUUUUUUAAUUUUCGUUAAGUUCUGAAAUUUUGAGCUUUGUGCUCAGUAAAACGUUCAGAGGUAACCUCAUGUAAAUAGGUAUAUAUGAAAUACAGUUCUUUGAUUUAUUUUCCA